AUGCCCAACUACACCAUAGGCGGCUGCCAGGUGCACUUCCCGCACAAGGCCUACGGCGUGCAGCUGAGUUUCAUGAACAAGGUCAUCGCGGCGCUGGAGGGCGGGCACAACGCGCUGCUCGAGGCGCCUACCGGCUCCGGCAAGACGCUGUCGCUGCUGUGCUCAGCGCUAGCCUGGCAGGUGCGGGAGAAGCAGCGCAUAGAGGAGGGGCUGGCGGCGGAGAAGGCGGCGGCAGCAGAAGCCGCUGCAGGGGGCGGCGACCCCGCCGCUGCCGCCAUGGGCGAGGCGGGGCAGGGCCCGCCUUGCCCCCUUGGCGGAUCGGCAGGCUGCGCACACCCGGGUAGCAGCAGCGGCUGCGGCCCCUCGGCCGCCGCCGAGGCCGGGGCUGGCGACGGCGGCUUCAUGGCUGACGCCGCGGCGCAGGAGGCGCCGGCGCCCCGCCGCAAGCCCCCCAAGAUCUUCUACGCCACACGCACCCACUCCCAGAUUGCGCAGGCAAGACGGCGGGGCGGUUUGGUUUCGGGGGGAGGCGGCGGUGUACUGGGUGGGGGUGGCGGAGCUGGCGCCGUGGUGGUGAAGGAGCUCAAGCGGUGCGAGUACAAGCCCCGCAUGGCGGUACUGGGCUCCCGCAAGCACUACUGCAUCAACCAGCACGCCACGCGGCAGGGCAGCAUCGACGAGGCGUGCGAGGAGCUGCUGAAGGAGAGCCAGUGCCAGUACUUCAAGAACGUGCACUCCUUUGUGUCCUCGGGCUUCCAGUACCGCCUGCACGACAUCGAGGACCUGAAGGGCAUGGGCCGCUCCAACAAGGCCUGCCCCUACUACACCGCCCGCAAGUGGGCCGACGAGGCGGAGGUCAUCUUUGCGCCCUACUCGUACCUCAUCGACCCGGUCAUCCGCAGGGCCAUGGCUGUGGACGUGGAGGGCUGCAUGCUGGUCUUUGACGAGGCUCACAACAUGGAGGAUGUGUGCCGGGAGGCGGCAUCCACAGAGGUGGACCUGGCCACCAUGGCAGAGGUGCUCGGCUGCUUCCAAAAGGCGCACGACCUCAACGGCAGGCAGGAAGUGUAUGGGCCGUUGGUCGGCUGCGCCAGAGCGGUGGUGGCGUGGAUGGAGGACAAGCAGCGCGCGGCGGCGCGGCAGAUGCAGCAGCAGGCGCAGCGCGGCGGCGGCGGCGGCGGCGGCGGGCGCGGCGGCGGCAGGCAGGCGGCCCGCUACCAGGACGCCUACGAGCGUAUGUUCCCUGCCAAGGAGAUGCUGGGUGAGCUGUCUGCCUGCGGGCUGGGCCCCGACGCAGUGGAUGCGCUGUGGGAGGCGUACCAGCUGGCGAGGGAGGAGGAGGAGGCGAUGGGGCAGGCGGCGGCAGCGGGUGGGGGCGGUCCACUGGGCGGCAGCAGCGGAGGAGGCAACAAGGAGAACCAGCAGGGCGGGGAGAGCGCCGCCACCGGCCCCAAGACUGGCGCGGCUGUGCGGGUGGGUGCCAUGGCGCUGGGCGUCAUGUCGCGACUCAUCCAGGUCGUGCGCAUGCUGCACCAGGGCAGCGACGAUGGCGCCCGCGACUAUCGCCUGGUGGUGCAGCGCUACUACGAGAACAGCCCCACCCUGGCCAUGGGCCGCUACAAGAGCAGAGGCGGCGGCGGCGGUGGUGGCGGCGGCGGCGACGAUGACUCCUUCCUGCCCGGCUUUGCUUUCAAGAUGUGCCUGUGGUGCAUGAACCCCGCGGUGGCCUUCCGCCCGGUGGCCCAGGCCGCGCACAGCGUGGUGCUGACCAGCGGCACGCUGGCGCCGCUGGAGGGGUUUGCCUCGGAGCUGGGCACCCCCUUUGCCAUCACCCUGGAGGCGCCACAUGUGGUGGACAUGCGGCGGCAAGUGUGGGCGGGCGUGGUGGGCGCGGGGCCCGGCGGCACCCCACUCAACGCCACGUGGAAGAACCAGAACGAGGCUGGGUUCCAGGACGGCGUGGGGCGGCUGAUCCUGGAGGGCGCCGCCUCCAUACCGGACGGACUCCUCGUCUUCCUGCCCUCCUACGUGCUCCUGGACAAGCUGAUGGCAAGGUGGAAGUUCUCGGGCCUGCUGGCGCAGUUGGAGGCCCUCAAGAAAGUGGUGCAGGAGCCGCGCGGCGGCGGCCAGGAUGCGCUGAAGAAGACGAUGCAGGAGUACUACGCCGCCAUCCAGGCGGGGGGCGGGGCCGCCUUCUUCGCAGUCUGCCGCGGCAAGGUGUCUGAGGGCCUGGACUUUGCCGACGGCAAUGCUCGGGGCGUGAUCAUCGUGGGCAUCCCCUUCCCCGCCGCCAAGGAUCUCAAGGUCCAGGAGAAGAAGGCGUUCAACGAUCGCGGGCAGCGCCAGCUCAGCCUGGUGUCGGGCGAUGUGUGGUACUCGCAGCAGGCCUUCCGCGCGCUCAACCAGGCGGGCUGGCCAGGCCGCCGUUUGAUGGGACGCCCCAUGCCGCUCUCAAGCUGCGGCAAGCUCAGCCGCGUCGAUGCCGCUCGCCUCACCAGCCUGCCUGCGCGGCGGCGCAGGGUGCGUGGCGCGCUGGCGGUGCACCCCACCUUUGAGGCGGGCAUGCAAUCCAUGGCUGCCUUCUUCGCCGCCAUCCAGGCUGACCCUCCGGGGCCGCCGCCAGGCGUGCCCAAGCCCGCCGGUGCCACGUCAGCCGACACGGAGAUGGCGGCGGCGGUGGCCGCGGCAGUGGCCGCCGCCGUGCCGGCCCAGGCGCUGCAGGAGGCGGCCACGGCGGCGGCCAUGGCGGCGGGCCGUGGCGUGGAGGGCGCGCUCAGCCUCUGGGGACCUGGCGGUGCCGGUGCCGCGGGUGGCGGCCAGCAAGCUGCCGGCACCAUCCUGGGGCUCUACCAGAUGUGGCAGGCCAAGCCGCUGGGGCAGGCGCGGGCGGCUGGAGGAGCGGCGGGAGGCGCAGUGGCGGGCGGCGGCGUCUGCGGCGGCGGCGGCAUGGCGGGUCUGGACCAGUGGAGCCGCCAGGCCGCGGUGAAGGAGGUGCCCAAGCAGCCCCAGCCCCAGCACCAGCACCAGCAGCGAGCCGCGCCUUUCCCCCAGCACGGCCCUGCGGGCGGCCAGCGGCAGCAGCAGCAGCCGGGUGGUGGCCUCGGCCCGCUCCAGCACCCUCAGCACCCUCAGCAGCACCAGCAGCACCAGCCCGCAUUCGGCUACUACGUGCGGCCCCCCAGUGCCGAGCGCUGCCACUCCCCGCCCGACGCCGCGGGGAAGCUGCAGCGGGUGCUGCAGGGCGCCCCGCUGGCGGCCUGGGUGCAGCAGGACGUGUCAGACUGCCUCGCCUUCCUGCGCGCCUCUGGCAUCGGCGAGGGGGCGCUGCCUGCAGGCUACACCUCGCUGCUGGCGGUGGCGGUGGAUGGGGUGAAGGAUGCGUUCCAGGCGGCCAGCGAGUACCUGGGCGAGGGGCGCGCAGUGCACCACCUGGCCGCAGAGUGGCGGUGUGCGCUGCCGCGGGGCCUGCAGGCGCUCAUGGGCGCCGGCCCCGCCGCCUUCCCUGAGGGGAAGCCCUGGGAUGCGGGGGCACGGGCGUUUGGGGAGCAGCGGCUGCGGGGCUGGGCCGACGGCGCGCUGCUGGCGGCGACGCGGGCGGCGUACGAGGCGCAGCUGGCGGCGCUUUUGCAGCGCGGAAGCCUCGGCAGCCCGCCGGCGGACGGGCAGCAGCAGGCCCACCCGCAGCAGCAGCAGCAGCAGCACCCCCAGCUGGCAGGCAGCUGGCACCAGCAGCAGCAGGCCGGCAUGGUGCCGCCAGCGGGAGGCGCUGCCGCGCCUGCCCACACCCCGCCCGGCAGCAUGGGUUGGCAGCAUGAGGCGCAGGCAGGGGACACACUUCGCAUGGAGUGGGCUCAGCCGCAGGGCCAGCAGCAGCAGCGGCAGGACCAACAGCAGCAGUACAGCCUGCCACCGCACACGGUCCCGCCCCUCCAGCACCAGUACCACCCUGGCUACCCUCACCAGCAGCAGCAGCAGGGAUGGGGGCAGCCUGGCGCAGGCGCCCAUCAGUGGCAGCAGUACCAGCAGUACCAGCCGCCGCAGCACAGCUGGCAGCAGCAGUGGGGCCAGCAGCCGCAGCCGGCGCAGCCUCACCACCCUCCGCCGCUGCAGGCCGCGCCGCCGCCGCAGGGCUGGGCGCAGCACAACCGCUUCCCUCCCCAGCACCUGGCUCGCGCCCACGCUCCUCCUCCUCAGCAGCAGCAGCAUGGGCAGGGUCAGGCGGGCCCCGCACAGCAGCCGGUGCCCCCUCAGCAGCAGGUCUGGCAGGGCGCUCCUGCCGCCGCCGCCGCCCCUGCCCCUCACAACCCUCCGGCACAGCAGGCACCCCAGCACCAGCCACAGGCGCCGGCGGCGCAGCAGGGCGCCAAGCGGGGGCCCCAGGCAGCCAACGGUGAGCAGCAGAACCAAGCCAAGAAGCGAUACCUGCACGGCAAGAAUGCCGAGGCGGCUGCCCGCAGCCGCGCGGCGGGCGGCGGCGGCGCGGCGGGCGGCGCGGCGGGCUAUGAUGCCGCGCAGCGCGCCGCCAUCGCCCACACCAUCCACUCCAGCGGUGACGAUUCUGACUUCCGCUGACCUGCGCCCACUGGGAGGGCUGUCCCGGCCACACUGACCCUCCCCUUCCGCUUCAGUCCCUACUUCGUUUCUAUCGGUUGAGGGGGUUUCCGCUUGCAAUUGCAGCGCUCUAACAAAUGUGAGAACACUCUUCGAC